GUGUGCAGAGGAAAAUGGCGACCGGCGUGAGGCAGGAGCUAGCACAGCUUAUGAACUCAAGUGGAUCUCAUAAAGAUCUAGCGGGGAAAUAUCGUCAAAUAUUAGAAAAGGCUCUUCAGUUUAUCGAGGCAGAACAACUUGAGGCCCUGAAAGCAUUUGUUGAAGCCAUGGUCAAUGAGAAUGUGAGCCUAGUGAUUUCCAGACAGCUGUUGACAGACUUUUGCACACACCUUCUGAACCUACCAGAUGGCACAGCAAAAGCUGUUUGCCACUUCACCCUGGAGAAGAUUCAGCCCAGAGUUAUCUCAUUUGAAGAACAGGUGGCGUCAAUCAGACAGCAUCUAGCCACAAUCUAUGAGAAAGAGGAGGACUGGCGGAAUGCCGCCCAAGUGCUUGUGGGUAUCCCUCUGGAGACGGGUCAAAAACAGUACAACGUGGAUUAUAAGUUGGACACCUACCUGAAAAUUGCCCGUCUGUAUUUGGAGGAUGAUGACCCCAUUCAAGCGGAGGCCUACAUCAAUCGCGCCUCUUUACUGCAGAAUGAAUCCACCAAUGAACAGUUGCAGAUUCACUACAAGGUCUGCUACGCCAGAGUUCUAGACUAUCGGAGGAAAUUCAUUGAAGCAGCUCAGCGCUACAACGAGCUUUCUUACAAAUCCAUUGUCCAUGAGACUGAACGGCUGGAGGCACUGAAGCAUGCUCUUCAUUGCACUAUACUGGCCUCUGCAGGUCAGCAGCGCUCUCGUAUGUUGGCUACACUGUUUAAGGAUGAGCGCUGUCAGCAGCUGGCUGCAUAUGGCAUCCUGGAGAAGAUGUACCUGGAUCGCAUCAUAAGAGGAAACCAGCUGCAGGAGUUUGCUGCAAUGCUAAUGCCACACCAGAAAGCCACAACAGCAGAUGGUUCAAGCAUCCUAGACCGAGCAGUUAUUGAGCACAACCUGCUGUCUGCUAGCAAACUGUACAAUAACAUCACUUUUGAAGAGUUGGGAGCACUUUUGGAGAUCCCCCCUGCAAAGGCAGAAAAGAUCGCCUCACAAAUGAUUACAGAGGGUCGCAUGAAUGGGUUCAUUGACCAGAUAGACGGCAUUGUCCAUUUUGAAACGCGAGAGCCACUGCCCACAUGGGACAAGCAGAUUCAAUCGCUGUGCUUCCAAGUGAACAACCUGCUGGAAAAGAUCACUCAGGCAGCACCAGAAUGGACAGCACAAGCUAUCGAGGCCCAGAUGACCCAAUAAAUACCCCUGAUACCUUCUGUCUACACACUUUACUCCAAAACCUUGCCCUUUCCCUUGGUCAAAAUUAGGGGCACUAUAAAACUGCUACUGAUUUCAGCAUUGAUUCAGUUUAACCUGGCACAUUUAUGCUAAUGUCACUAUUAAUGGGAAAUUUCACCCAAAAAUGAAAUUUCUGUCAUAAUUUACUCACACUCAUGCCAUCCCAGAUGUGUAUGACUUAUAUUCUUCUGCAGAACACAAACUAAGAUUUUUAGAAGAAUAUCUCAGCUCUGUAGGUCCAAACAAUGCAAGUGAAUGGUUAUCAGAAACUUGAAGUUCCAAAAAGCACAUUAAGGAAUAAUAAAAGUAAUUAAUACGACUCCAGUGGUUUAAUCCAUGUCUUCAGAAGUGAUAUGAUAAGUGUGGAUGAGACAGAUCAAUAUUUAAGUCUGUUUUUACCAUAAAUUCUCCUUCCUGCCCAGUAGGUGGCAAUAUGCACAAAGAAUGUGAAUUGUCAAAAACAAAAGAAGAAUGUGUAAGUGAAGGUUUAUAGUAAGGUUUGUACUGAUCUGUUUCUCACCCACACCACAUCUGCUUCUGAAGACAUGGAUUAAACCACUGGAGUCAUAUGGAUUACUUUUAUGAUUCCUUAAUGUGCUUUUUGGAACUUUACGUUUCUGAUAACCAUUCACUUCAUUGUAUGGACCUACAGAGCUGAGAUAUUCUUCUAAAGAUCUUUGUGUUCAGCAGAAGAAAGUCAUACACAUCUGAGAUGGCAUUAGGUUGAGUAUUUUCAUUUUUAGGUGAACUAUCCCUUUAAGGUUGACCGUCUGCGUUGUGAGGUUAAUAUUUUCAGAGACUUAAUCUGCAAGCAUCUCAUGCUUAAUAAACUUUGCGAAAAUCUA